AAAUAUUAUCACAUGUUUUGCGACAGAAAUACAAUUCAUUCAAACAAUCACUUCAUUUGAUCCCAAGAUAUGGCACAACAGAUGACCACAGAUGACGGCAAUGAAGACCACAUUCAACACCCAAAGAUUUACGCGAAGGACUCAAUGGACAGAUUCGGUGAUGACAUGUAUGGACUCAUAUUAUCCUAUCUCUCACUCGAAGAUCGGUUUCGAUUGGAAUGCGUGUCCAAACAGUUCCAGAGGACUGUCUUCGGGAGUGUUGUCUUCAUUGAUAUCAACAAUCAAUUCAAUAAUAAAUCCGAGACCUGUUUCAAAGCUAUGAUUGAAAUGUUGGCCAAAAAGUGUCCAAACAUUCAAACCAUUGAUUUCAGAGAAAUGUUCAUUGAAUGCGAAGAACACAUUCCAGAAGUGUUGCGAUUAUUGCGAGACAAUUGUCUUAAUUUACGAGAAGUUUACUGUUCUUCGUGGGAAUAUACGACACAAUUGUAUCAACAGUUUGGACCACUGGUCACACGAAUCGAUUGCGAUGCGUUGUCCGACACUGUCGUCGACACCACUUCCGGACAACUAUUGGCCAACAAUUUGAAGACAUUUGAGUUUUAUUGCUAUUACAUCGAAGACAGACAACUAUUCACUGCAUUCGUGGCACACAAUCAGUGCCUUAAAAGUCUAGGCAUAAAAUAUAUUUACGACGAUCUGAACGAUACUCUUCCCGAACUGGCCGUACAAUUGUCACGAUUAACACAAUUACGGCGAUUGAGUCUCGGGUUUAGGAUAAAGGGUUCGCAGCACUCAUUCAACGACUAUUUGCGUACAAUUGGUGUGAAUUGCAAACAAUUGAAACGAUUGUCGUUUAGUUUACACUCAAAGAAAAGUGAAUACAAUCUCAAGACAUUGGAUUCGUUGGCAUAUUUCCGGCGAUUAAAACGAUUAGAUCUAACACUUUAUGUGACCGUCGAUGAGAUAUCGUUGGAUGUGUUGAGAGAGUGCCGACGGUUAACACAUUUAGACAUCUAUUUGACUAAAAUGAACGCAAAUGUGUUUAAAAUUAUCCGCGAAAACUGUCCACAACUUCAAUAUCUAUGCAUUCAAAACAUGAAUAGCAUUAUAGACACCGAGUAUUUGGAUCAGAUCUCAAGACUACCGGCGCUUCAAAUGUUUGUCAUUCACUGCAAGAGAAGCGGAAGUCUGAGAGAUAAUGAUUUCUGGGAUCUGUUGUCCAGAAGUCCGAAACUAAAGACAAUUGAAAUCCAUGUAAAAAAUGUUAAGAAGUUUUAUUCAAAAUAA